CUUUAACUAAUACUAUUGCUUAUGGUAUGUCCAAAUUUUGGUAACGCAACUCAGUUCGAUAAGUCAAGCAGUACCGAUGCUAUUAACAUAGGGAUACGAUACAAAAAAAUCUUGUCGGAUGUUGUCGCGUUUUGUAUGAGAUUACUAAAGCCCCCCAAGCCCUUAAAUACUUUGGACUUGUCUUAUACGCUUUAGACAAGGACCAGGAUUUACGACCCUAAUCGAGUUCAAAUCGCUGGCUCGCUUUAACCAUAACAAUCAGGAGCGAUGAGUCGCCAGAACGGCCAACACUUGCAUGGCAUGAAUGAGGGCCAGCUGGAGCUGUUGCCACUCGAACUGAUGGAUGUCGAAAUGGAGUUGGACGGUGGCAACUAUCAAAGCAACGAACUCGACAGCAAUACCACCCACAAAUCCAAUAACAAGAGUCUAUCACCCAUCGUUAGCGACCAGGCAUUGAAUGUGCUUAACGAGCUGCGCGAAUCCAACUUGCUAUGCGAUGCACAAAUCUCUGUGGGUGAGCAGUCCUUCAAUGUGCACAGGGCCAUCAUGUGCUCCUGCAGCUCGUAUUUUCGCGCACAGUUCACGGGCUUUAAUAGUCGCCAGAGCGCGGGCAGCAGCGAGGAGAGCCGUGUGGUGCACAUACCCGGGAUUAGUGCGUCCAUCAUGAACUCUGUCAUUCAGUAUGCUUACCUACGCAAAACCAACGUCAGCGAUGAGAAUGUGCACGAGCUACUCAUCUGUGCCGAUUAUGUGGGCAUGGUGGGUCUGGUCAAGCAGUGCAAGGAUUACCUAAGCGGCACUCUGAGUCCGGAGAACUGCGUCAGCAUCAUGGGUUUUGCGCGGUUUCGUUUUCUAGAGGAUUUGUACCAGAAGGCACGCAAUUAUACGCUGCGCUACUUUACGGAUGUGGCAGCGCGCAAUACGGACAUAUUGGACUUGAACAUCAAGGACUUCUACGGCAUCAUUUGCGAUGACGAGCUCAAUACGCGCGAAGAGGAUUAUGUGUGGAAGUUGUGUGUCAAGUGGAUUGACCGUGAUGCGGAGAACCGCAAACAGCAUGUGGCUCAUCUGAUGACUGGCGUGCGGCUUGGUCUAAUGACACCCAAGUGCUUCAUGGAAGAGGUCAAGGAGCAUCCGUAUGUGAUACAGUGCGAGGCUGCGAAGCCGCUCAUAGUCGACACGUUUAAAUUCAUGUAUGACCUGGACUUUCUUAAUCCACAAGCCGAAGAGCUCACGACGCCGCCGCUUGCGAUGCCACGCCUGCCGCACGAGGUCAUCUUUGCCAUUGGGGGCUGGAGCGGCGGCACCUCCAAGGGCUGCAUCGAAACCUACGACACGCGCGCCGACCGCUGGGUGAACAUCAAUGCAGAGGAUCCGGCUGGACCGCGUGCCUAUCACGGCACCGCUGUGCUCGGCUUCAAAAUCUACUCCAUUGGUGGCUACGAUGGUGUUGUAUGCCGCGUCUUUGAUGCCGUCAAAAAGAAGUGGAGCGAGAUAGCACCAAUGCAUUGCCGUCGCUGCUACGUCAGCGUGGCGGAGCUGAAUGGCAUGAUAUAUGCCAUUGGUGGCUACGAUGGUCACAAUCGCCUCAAUACCGUCGAGCGCUACAAUCCCAAGACGAAUCAGUGGUCCAUUAUACCGCCCAUGAAUAUGCAGCGUUCCGAUGCGAGCGCCUGCACUUUGCAUGGUCGCAUCUAUGCAACGGGCGGGUUUAAUGGCCAGGAGUGCCUCGACAGCGCCGAGUUCUAUGAUCCCGCCACAAAUAUUUGGACGCGUAUACCCAAUAUGAAUCAUCGACGCUCGGGUGUUAGCUGUGUGGCGUUCCGUGAUCAGUUGUAUGUAAUUGGUGGCUUUAAUGGCACUUCACGCUUGUCCACGGGCGAACGCUUUGAUCCGGAGUCGCAGUCAUGGCAUUUUAUCCGCCAGAUGAAUCAUUCGCGCAGCAACUUUGGCCUGGAAAUUAUUGAUGAUAUGAUCUUCGCCAUUGGCGGCUUCAAUGGCGUAUCUACCAUCUCGCAUACGGAGUGCUAUGUGGCCGAGACGGAUGAGUGGAUGGAGGCGACGGAUAUGAACAUUGUGCGCUCGGCAUUGUCCGCGAAUAAUGUGGCCGGGUUGCCCAAUAAGCGUGACUACAUACAUAAAGAGCGCGAUCGUUUAAUGGAAGAGCGACGACAACGUUUAAUGGCCACGGCAAUGGCACGCGAAGAUGUGGGCAGCCCAAACCGUUCGCAGUCCAUGCUGGAGAACAAUGAUACGGCGCUGGAUGAGCUCGAUGAUGAGAGCCAAAAUGAGGAUGGCGAUGUCGAGGAGCUGCAGUUGCCGCAGCAGGUGGCGCUACCGCUACCAGCACCUGGCUUGCCCGGUACUGCUGCCGCUGCCGCCGCUGCUGUUGAUGCAGCUGCCUUGCCAGCUGUCCAUGCGAAUCGCCAAGCGCCCUUGGAGGAGCGCGCCAUAGCCGCUGUCGCGGACAAUAGCCGGCGGUUUCGUGUGCAGCUGCGUAAUCAGCGCUAUGGUUCGCAUCAUGAAAUACGUCGUCGCACUUAGACGACGUCACCGACGACGAUCCACAAUUUCUAACCGGCAAUGACACUCUCAAUCAAUACCUCACCCCACUCCCUCCCAUAAAAAGACAAAAUAGAAGGCGCGUUAGCGUGGGCUUAAUAUAUUUGGUAUAUUUUGGUAUUAGCAGUAGCAGGCCCACGUCCGUACAAACCGUUUUAUAUACAUUUUCAUCUUUCUCUCAUUUUUCGGUUAAAAGCACAAAUUCCAACGGUAGACUACAGAAGCGAUACUGUUACCGGGCUGCCUAGACUACAACGAAAAACGCAUAAUGUUGGCAACAAAAAAAAAA